AUGGAACGCUAUUCUGGUCGUGAGAAAGUUCCUGAUUCUGAUGCAAUUAGUGGUGAAGUCCUACGAGUUGGUGUUAGAGUACCGCCAUUUUGGCCGGAAGACCCCACAUUAUGGUUCGCCCAGAUAGAACACCAGUUUGAACUUUCGAGAAUUACAGCGGAUGAAACAAAGUUCUAUUACUUAGCCUCGCAACUGGAGCACCAAUAUGCUAAAGAAGUUAGGGACAUUAUCAAGAAUCCGCCCGCUACAGAUAAAUACCUAAAGUUAAAAACUGAGCUAAUUAGACGUCUGUCAGUUUCACAGCAACAACGACUCAACCAGUUGGCGAUGCAUGAGGAGCUCGGCGAUCGCAAGCCAUCGCAGUUCCUGCGCCACCUGCAAACCUUAGCAGGUCCAUCAGCACCGAGCGAUUUCCUGUGCACAUUAUGGACUGGUCGUCUACCGCAAAACAUUCAAACCGUGAUUGCUACACAGAUGGAGGACCUUCCCCUGGAAAAACUAGCAGAGCUGGCCGACAAGGUAUUUGAGAUUGCUCCACCAUCUCCUCAGGUAGCCAGUACAUCUGCAGCACCAGCAGUUCCACCACACUACGACAUACUGACUAAGCAGAUCAGCGAACUGACCAGGCAAGUAGCAAUGCUCAACACUAUGGUGAACCAGACACAUCACUCACGCUCCCGCUCACGCUCUCGAAGCCAAAACCGCUCGCGAAGCCGCUCUCGCCCCAGGCAACCACCAGCUGACCACCCGUACUGCUUUUAUCACUUUACCUACGGAUCCAAGGCAAGGAAGUGCAAGUCACCGUGCAAGUACUCGUCGGAAAACUACCAGGGCUGUCGGAAAUAG